AAAUCAUGAGUUCAUCAUCUUAGCCCAACCUCGACUCUUCGAGAAUCACCAGAAUUCUCUCCUCGCGCUAUAAAUUAUCCUCCUUCACCCAAUUCCCCAUCAAACAAUUCGAGUGAUACAAAUUUCCCCAUUAAUCAAUCAACUGCACACACACAUUCUCUGAUUAGAAGCAAGAAAUGUCUCUGAUUCCGAGCUUCUUCGGGCGCCGCAGCAGCAACGUCUUCGACCCAUUUUCUCUUGAUGUGUGGGAUCCCUUUCAGGACUUUCCUCUCUCCACUAACCUCCCCUCCUCCGCCUGUGAAACCACGGCGGUGGCCAACGCCCGCAUCGACUGGAAAGAGACGCCGGAGGCCCAUCUCUUCAAGGUUGAUGUUCCCGGAUUGAAGAAAGAGGAAAUUAAGGUUGAGGUUGAAGAUGGUGGAAUUCUGCAAAUCAGUGGAGAAAGAAGCAAGGAGCAGGAGGAGAAGAAUGACAAGUGGCACCGCAUCGAGAGGAGCAGCGGCAAGUUCUGCCGCCGCUUUAGGCUGCCAGAGAAUGCCAAGCUGGAGCAGGUGAAGGCGGCCAUGGAGAAUGGCGUGCUGACGGUGACUGUGCCCAAAGAGGAAGUGAAGAAGCCUGAAGUGAAGGCCAUUGAUAUCUCUGGUUAAGUGAAAACUUUGGGUGGCCAAGUCUUUCUUGAUUUUCAAUUUGUGAUGAUUGAUGUUGGUUGUGUUUUUUUUUUUUUUUGAAUUUUCGGACACUAAUGUAAACUAUUAUCAAAAAGUUGUAUAAGAUCGUAUAAUAAACAGAAUGUUCUGAUUUA